AUGGUCCUCCAAAUCCUCCCCCUCCAAUACACUGACAUCCCCGCCUUCGCCGCCCUGGACGCCGCCGCAAUGGCUGAUUGGGGUUUAGCGGAAGCAAUGGCGCACGACAUCCCCGCAGGCGAAACCCGGGAACAGUGGGUCUUGAAGUUUACGCAGCAGGGGUUUGUGGAGAACGAUCGGGUCAAGUGGUUGAAGGUCGUUGAUACGGAGUUAAAGGGGGAGAGGAUGGUGGCGGCGGCGUUGUGGCGGUUUCAGUUUGAGCCGGAGGAGCCGAAAGCAGAGGUAGAGGUGGAUGACUCGGCUCCUGUGGCGGAGGGGGAGGUGAAGAAGGAGGUGAAGAGGCCGAGUGUCAUGGUAAGAAAGCCAGGCUAUCCCAUCCAGAGCUCUUCCAUCAAGGUCACCAUCUCAUCUACAGCGAUCAAGCUUCCUGCCUAUCUCUACACAGCUUGA